AUGAUUUCUGGGUUGAGAUGGGAUGGUGAUGCAGGAUACUUGAAGAUAAAUGAAACUCAAUAUCAACUCCUACAAAUUCAUUGGCACACACCUUCCGAGCAUAGUAUCGACGGCAAAAGGUAUGGUAUGGAGGCUCAUUUGGUACAUAUGAGCAUUGAUGGAAAAAUUGCUGUCAUUGCAAUCCUCUACGAAAUUGGAUUAUUGCCUGAUGAUCUCCUGACCAUACUGGAGGGUGAUUUAAUAGCUGUUGCUGAUAAAAAAGGUGCAGAAAAACCCAUGGGAAUUAUUGAUCCAAAUAUAAUAAAAUUGGAUGUUAAUAUAUAUUAUAGAUAUAUUGGCUCACUAACUACCCCUCCUUGCACUCAAGGUGUUGUUUGGACUGUUGAUGGAAAGGUUAAUAGUGUAACAGCAAGACAAAUAAAACUGCUCCAAGACAAAUAA